AUGAGUUUCCACAAGGAGGACGGGGUGAGCAGCCUGUGCCAGAAGGCGCUGCACAUCGUCACCGAGCUGUGCUUCGCGGGCCAGGUGGAGUGGGAGAAGUGCUCGGGCAUCUUCCCCCGGGACAGGGGCAGCCAGGGCGGAAGCAACACAGAUAUUUCAGUCAGCUUGUUAGCGGUGGUUGUCAGCUUCUGUGGCCUGGCCUUGUUGGUUGUCUCGCUGUUUGUCUUCUGGAAGUUGUGCUGGCCUUGCUGGAAAAGCAAACCUGUGACUUCCAAUGUCAGUACCCUUCCACAGAGCAUUUCAAGUGCUCCUACUGAAGUCUUUGAGACUGAAGAGAAAAAAGAAGUUAAAGAAAAUGAAAAGCCAGCUCUAAAAGCUGUUGAGCCUGCUAUAAAAAUCAGCCACACUUCCCCUGAUAUCCCAGCGGAAGUCCAAAAUGCUUUAAAAGAACAUUUAAUUAAACAUGCACGUGUGCAAAGACAAAUUACUGAACCUACGUCCUCAUCCCGCCACAAUUCCUUCAGGAGACACCUACCAAGGCAAAUGCAGGUUUCCAGUGUUGAUUUUAGCAUGGGCACAGAACCCAUUUUACAAAGAGGAGAAACAACAACCAGCAUUGGGAGGAUAAAACCAGAGCUCUACAAACAGAAAUCUGUUGACUCUGAGGGCAACAAGGAAGAAGAUGUCAAAACCUGCGGGAAACUUAACUUCACUCUCCAGUAUGACUACGAAAAUGAAUUUCUGGUUGUUAAAAUUAUCAAAGCCUUAGAUCUCCCUGCUAAAGACUUCACAGGCACUUCUGACCCUUACGUGAAGAUGUAUCUUCUUCCAGAUAGGAAAAAGAAAUUUCAGACCCGUGUGCACAGAAAGACUUUAAAUCCUCUAUUUGAUGAAACUUUUCAGUUUCCUGUAGCAUAUGAUCAACUAAGCAACCGAAAACUACAUUUCAGUGUUUAUGAUUUUGACAGAUUUUCUAGACAUGACAUGAUUGGGGAAGUGAUUCUUGAUAAUUUGUUUGAAGUCUCUGAUCUCUCCAGGGAAGCCACAGUGUGGAAAGAUAUUCAUUGUGCUACCACAGAAAGCAUAGACCUGGGUGAAAUCAUGUUCUCCCUUUGUUAUUUGCCAACUGCUGGACGUAUGACAUUGACAGUCAUCAAGUGCAGAAAUCUGAAGGCUAUGGAUAUCACUGGGUCAUCAGAUCCUUAUGUCAAAGUGUCUCUGAUGUGUGAAGGUCGAAGACUAAAAAAGAGGAAAACAACUACAAAGAAAAAUACUCUAAACCCUGUGUACAAUGAGGCUAUUAUUUUCGAUAUCCCUCCAGAGAAUGUGGACCAGGUCAGCCUCUCCAUUGCGGUCAUGGAUUACGAUAGGGUAGGACACAAUGAGGUCAUAGGAGUGUGCAGAACAGGACUGGACGCUGAGGGUCUUGGACGAGACCACUGGAAUGAAAUGCUGGCCUAUCACCGAAAACCAAUCACACACUGGCACCCCUUGCUGGAGUUACCUGGCCGAGCAACCAGUUUUGAUAGUCAAGGAUCUUGUCCGUCUCCCAAACCACCUUCCACACCAUAAUGCCUCCAAAAUAAAGACCAUUUUAAUAAGGACCCAGGACCAUGUGCUCAUCAGACCAGAAAAAGAGUGGAAGGUUUGAUUUCCUCAUUUAAAAUAUAUCCUGAUAAUGAACAAA